UGCCUAUGUACCACAAUGCCGGAGGUCAACCCCAGUCUUCGCGCGAGCAACGGGAGUUGUCGUGCAUCCCAAACCACGUAGUAUCAGUCGAGUCAAUCAACCGAUGGGAUUACACGCCUAUCGCAUUUAUCGGCGUCCGUGACCGUAAGGGAAUGAGCAGCGAUCGACAGUGGAUUGUGGGUUCCCAUUUGAAGUCUUAGUCGAACAUAGAAUCGCUCGUACUCGGAGACGGAAGCCGCGCCAGGUCGGAAUCAACGAGGAAGGCCACGUCGUCCACAAUUUCCUCAAGCUCCUCCUCAUCAAUCGCCGUCAACGCUGGUGACAAUAAUGAGAGCACUGUGGUCUCGUCUGCCUCGUCAAGGUCUUCAUUCGAGGCUAGUUCGGU